UAUUGGUUUGCGGCACGCUGUAUUCCUUCGACUCCGUUCACCUCCAUUCACACAGUAAAUAAAAGCAUGGAGGCUCUGACUCUCGGGAUCUAACACCGAGCAGCGGGGGGUAAAGACACUGCCGCAUGCGCUCUUCCUUUCACCAAAACACGCAGGAAGGAAGCACGAAAGCGGCGAACGCUUUGCCAGUUGGAUUUAACUCCUUUUUCGUGGAAGUGAGGAUUGUAGUUGGCGAAAGGAGCGGGGCAGCCCGCCGUGCCGAGCAUGAAGCGGACGGCUGUGUUGGCCAGGCACAAUGGCCUCGUCUCUCCGCUGGGGAACAACAACUCCGGAGCUUCGAGCAUCGUCUCGCCACCCCCGCCGAGAGCCACUAGCAUCUCCGCUUCUGCCGACAGUUGUGCCGGCGGUGGGACGGACGGCCUGUUGGAUUUCUCGAAAGGCCCCACCGUCAAAACCGAACUGGUCUGCAAAUGGAUUGACCGAACUUCUUCGAGACAGAGGCUUGGGCGGACGGCGACAUCCGUCUGCGACCAAACUUUCAACUCCAUGCACGAGCUGGUGGACCACGUCACCACCGAGCAUGUAGCAGCGGGGCUCGAGACCCUCAGUCAUGUCUGCAUGUGGGACGAGUGCAUGCGCGGCGGGAAGGCGUUCAAAGCCAAAUACAAACUCAUCAACCACAUUCGCGUGCACACCGGGGAAAAGCCCUUUUCAUGCGCAUUUCCCAACUGCGGCAAGAUGUUCGCACGCUCCGAAAACCUCAAGAUUCACACGCGCACGCACACUGGUGAGAAGCCAUUCCAGUGUGAGUUUUGCGAGCGACGCUUCGCCAACAGCAGCGACCGGAAGAAGCACUCACAGGUCCACACGGCCUCAAAGCCCUAUGACUGCAAGGCCCUGGGCUGCACCAAGUCCUACACCCACCCCAGCUCCCUGCGCAAACACAUGAAGGUUCACAUCAAGUCGUCACCUACCUCUGAACCCCAGGACCCAUACGACUCCAUCCCUCAUCAACUCCAACAACCUCAUCAGGCUCUACUCGAGCCCCUCGAUCUUAAAAUGAACCGCCUCUCUCCAUCACUUGUUAACAAAAAUGCUCACUUUCCUCUUCUGUCUAAUCACGAAUUGGAUAGCAGCUCAGCCGGUGAAGCGGAUCAUAAGCUUCUGCUGCAGAGUUCGUCUCCAAUGGCAAUGCCUCUGGAUCUCUCACUGUCAGGCCUGAAGAGUCAGCUAGCCCAGAAGCAGCAGAGUGGAAGGACCCCACGGAGGAGCCAGCGCUCAGUCAACCCAGCCUUACCUCAGUUGUCUAACAUUAAAGAGUGGUAUGUCUGUACCAGGACUACAGCACCACACUUUCCUCUACUUCACCCAGACCACAUCAAAUCAGAACCUAGUGAUGAGGAGGAGUACGUCACGUAGGAUUGGAGGGACUGGUGAAACUGGAAGUGAAGAACAGACCUCAUAUAAUGUUAGACCCAAGUCAGGUCAGAGGAUGCUGUGCGGAAUCAUAGGUGCUGUAAUUUUCCAGAACCAGCAGUUGUAUAGUUUAACAUCAGUGGCCCUUCUGGAGGAGGCUGUGAUCAGAUAAAAGGCUUUUUUACUCCGUCUCAGAUACAAAACUCAGCUCGGAGAUCGUCACUGUCUGUGGACCAAAAGCAAUGGCUCAAAUCAUGCCAGAAGGGACAAGAGGAACUUCAUCGCUAUGGUUAUCAAACUAAAUGUCUGACAUAAAACUGCAAGUUAUCUGAUCAGUGUUCAGCGUACAAAUGGACCUGAGAAUGUUGGUGACUGUUCUGCUUGCUGUCAAACAAUAUGAAGAGGGUGUGUGUACAUGAUGACCUCUAGAGAGACAGAUUAUUGACCAGUUUAUCUAAAAACUCCACCUAGAUUAAGCAAUUUCAAGGGCUAAAUUGACACUGAUGAAAAGUGGUUAAUGUUAAUCUGAGCUCACAGAGGUAUUGUACACAUGGAUACAGAGCAAGUGUCUGUGUGCCUGUUAAGGCCUCAGUAUGCUUUAAGCAAACUAGUUUGUACAAUGUAAGAAAGUUACAAAAAUUGUUGGAAGCAGCUGAUUCGGAUGCUGUUAGCGAUCCGACAAACUCUUUGUUUGAAGAGAACUGAGGCCUUUACUAAUAAACCCUACUUGUGUGUGUGUUGUUGUUUUAUGUGAUCACAGUCUAAUCCAACACAGCAGCCAGCAGUGAAGCUGCAGUUUUAAGACAGUGGGACUGAUCCUUGUUUGUACUGAUCAUCAAGUGUCUCUUAACCUCUACAGCUCUAUGGACCUUUCAGUGAAUUAAUCGUAGUUUAAAGUUUACACUCCAUCUAUAAUUUAGUUAAGACCCCCAAGGUUUCCAAAAUGGCCCUAUAUGUCAUACACAUAUUCCUUUAACAUAAAUAUGUGUAUUAAGUGAUGCACAAAACAUCUAGUAUUUUCCCUUUGAUCAAAUUGUGCAGCCGUAAGAAGUGGCAUCUUGGAUUUGAUUAUUGACCCAAUGUAAGAAUCCUGUAGUGUAAAAGAUUCAAGAAAGUGGAAUGUAUUGUGUAAGAUCGUGGUACAGCUUGAAAAAAUGUAUGACCUGUGUUUCAAGAGAACACUUUAAAUGGUUAAUAAGUGACUCGUACAUUAUCCAUUCACAAUUAGUUCAAGGAAAAUUACUGGUGUAUUACCACCCAGGUGUUAACAACAGGUGAUGAAAGCAAGCACACCUGAAAUGUCUCUUAAGUCUUAGUAAGUGGGUCUGUAAAACGUGAUAGAUGUUUAAGAGGGAUAAUUUGGGGAAUAAUUUUAUCAUUCAUCUCUGUUUUUCUUCCAAAUAAGCUCGGCUAAUGAGGGGGUUUGUUUAACCCUUUUUGAUCACCAUGUUCCCAAGCUUUUAACUUGGUGAGUACAUUAUUAAGACUGAUAGGAAUGAUAGACAAAACUGCAACACAAUCCAAGUUGACUGAAAUGCAACUCUUUUAAUAAUAUAAGUGAUUUAAGAAUUGUGAGUCUCAAUUUUAUGCAGGUUCGCUAAUGACUUUGUUAUUGAGAGUAAUUGAUCUGAAAGUCAAGAGCAGAGAAGACACGUAGACCUUUGUAAGUGCAAAACAAGUUUUCAGAGCAAGGAUGGAAUUGUGUUACUGAAGUUUGGAUUCUUAAGAGCAAUAAUCUCUAGAUAUGAACAUGCAACUGCUUGCACCCACUUAUGAAGUCUGUCUUAUUCACAUGGUUGGCAUGGUGGAACAGUGGUCAGCACUGUGAUAGCUAGAGGGUCCUGGUUUUGAGUUGUCCAGCUGGGGCCUCUCUGUGUGGGGUUCCCAAUACAUGCAGGUCUGGUUAAUUUGAAAAACUCUGAAUCGCCCAUUGGUUUGAAUGAGAGUGUUAAUGGUUUUUUGUCCAUAUACGUUAGCCCUGUGCUAGACUGGCAACUUUUCCAGGUGUACAAUGCCUUUCAUCCAAUGUGAGCUGGGAUAGGUUCCAGCUCUCUGUGACCCUUCACACAAUAAGCUGGUAUAGACAAUGGAUGGAUACCCCUCACAUGCAACUACAAACUAAGAGCUGAAUAAAAUCCAUUUCAUUUGACCUGGAAGUGCAGUGUCAUCCUGUUAGAUACCUCCUUAUAAAUAACAUUAGGCCUUUCCUGGUGUGCUCCACCAGCUUUUUUGUCAAAAACAAAUGAACUGUUUGAAGUAUGGGCCUAAGAGCGAUGUAUGGGAAACAUCUCUCACAAACACCUCUCACACUUUCAAGUGCUCAGAAUCUUGCAACUAAUGAAAACUAGGACCAACAGAUUUUUAACUCAGGGUGCAUGAAGUCGGGUUAUUGCUUUAAAAAUUCACCUACAGAUUGAUAACAGCUAAAAUCUGUUUCCUACACAAUAAUUGUGCCAUUAAUAUCUUCCCAUAUAGUUGACUUCAUGAUACGGCACACGUAUCAGAGUUAAUAAACAUUGAAUAGCACAUCUUUGUGGUUCCUUUAGAAAGAACGUUCUGUGCUGUUUUAUUGAGAAGGGCUGUUGGAUGCAGUGUCACUCCAGAUCUUAUGUCAUUGGAGGCUUCCAAUUCAGACUCCCAUAUAUCCAUGGAACCAUUCCUUCUGUCAUUAUAAAAUGUAGGCAGCAGAUGAAAUGUAAAAUACAGUCAGCUAACAUGAACUGCUGAACUUCAAUGAGAUCAACCUGUAUCUCCUUGCUGUUCCACCUUCCACCCUUAUCCCAAGAUGAAGCAACACUAAACCACAAUCAUUGAUCCUGUCUAAACCUGGCAUCAACAAGCGUCUUGGACAACCCGAACACAAGUGCAAAAGCAAGACACAUCGCCAUUUUACACCUGUGUCUAUCAUGAAUCUCCAGAGCAUCCAGCUGACCACCAGUUCGGAUAUCAUUAAUGCCUACGUCACUUCUGUCCUCGUAAACAGCCCUGUUACUGUAUGAGUCGUCUAGUUUAUUGGACUGACUCUUGUGCCCAAAUGGAGGUUAGGUAUCUGGUUUCACAUGCACUCCAACCAUGUACAUCAGUGCUCCUCUCCACUUUUUCAAGCGUUGGCGCAGUGGUGCUUUCACCAAAACAACCACCACUUCCU